AUGCAUGCGCCUUCCAUGAGUUCUCAGACUGCCCUCGUAUCACAUACUGGUGAAGUGAUUCCUGGAACCGUUUUCCUUCCGACGGCGCUAGUGAAUAUCCGUAACGGUAGAGGUCGCAUCGUCACUGCUCGUUGCUUGCUGGACUGUGCUUCCCAACGCAACUUUGUUUCUGGGGCUCUUUGCGAACGACUGCAGCUUCCUCGCAUCCGAUUGCCGCAUGCUAUCCCGAUAAGCGGAAUCGGAAACACUACAACGCUGGUUGAAUACCAGGCCACGAUAACCAUCUUCUCUCGAGUCACUCCCUUCUCCGUACAAUGCUCCAUGCUCGUUCUGCCUUCCAUUACCGUCAAGCUGCCCCAGUCGACGGUAGAAGCCCGCCACUGGCCGAUUCCAAAGCACGUGGAGCUUGCAGAUCCAACAUUCGCUGUUACUGGCGACAUCGACAUGAUUCUGGGUGCCGCCCAUUUCUUCCAAAUUCUUCGAUACGGCAGGAUAUCGCUCGGGGAAGAGUUAUCGCUUCUGCAGAACACAGAGUUCGGUUGGGUCGUCUCCGGAGAGUGUUUAUUGGAAAACCACGAUCACAGCGAUCCACGCAAGUGCCAGUUCAGUAAUCCCUGCACAAUCGAUGAAUUGGUCAACCGAUUCUGGCAGCUCGAAGAAGUCCACGAUGCAAAGGGAUGGUCUCCGUCGGAACGAUACUGUGAGGAACAUUUCUUGAAGAACACCACCCGCAACUCCGAAGGCCGCUACGUCGUCAAGCUUCCCAAGCGUGACGAGCUGCUUUGGCAGUUAAAGGACAACAAAUACAACGCCACCCGCCGCUUCUUCUCUCUAGAACGCUCACUCGGUGCGAGUCCCGAUAAGAAGGCGAUGUAUCAGCAGUUCAUCCACGAGUACGUGAGAUUGGGACAUAUGCGGGAGAUUGGCCCCGAUGAAAUCGACGCGCAACCGCAAUACUACCUUCCACACCACGCUGUGAUGAAACUCGACAGCACCACUACAAAGCUUCGUACCGUAUUCGACGCAUCAUGCCGCUCGAAGUCCGGUAUCUCGCUGAACGACGUCCUGCUUCCUGGUCCCACAAUCCAGGACACUCUCGUGACGAUUGUCCUCCGUUUUCGAAUCCACCAGUUCGUGAUAUCUGCGGACAUUGAAAAAAUGUACCGGCAGAUUUUGGUCCAUCCCACCGACCAACCGCUGCAGCGAAUUCUCUGGCGCGACGAUCCCGAGGCUUCACUGAAGAGCUACCAGCUCCGCACCGUCACAUACGGCACAAGCAGUGCUCCAUUUUUGGCAACUAGGGUGCUGCAGAAGCUCGCCGAUGAUGAAGGGCAACAUUUUCCGCUGGCGGAACCCGCUGUCCGCCACGACUUCUACGUCGACAAUUUGCUGUCCGGUUCUGACGAGGCUGAAUCUCUCGCCGUUAUCUGCAACCAGCUCAUUGCAAUGCUCGCUUGCGCAGGACUUCCUCUCCGACAAUGGUCUUCGAAUUGUCAAGCUAUUCUUGAUACCAUUCCGUUGGAGCUCCGAGAGACGAAAACACUACUCGAUUUGGACCACGAGUCCUCCGUGACUGCGCUUGGCCUCCGCUGGGAACCGUCGACCGAUUUUCUUUCGUUCAAGACGCCGAAUUGGAAGGAAUGCACGGUUCUGAACAAACGAACGAUCCUCUCUCAGAUCAGCAGUCUUUUCGACCCCUUAGGUUUGAUUGGACCGACCAUUGCAAAGGCGAAAAUCAUGCUGCAGAGUCUUUGGAAGCUCCAUCUCGACUGGGACACACCCGUGGCUAACGGAUUCGCUCACGAAUGGCAGGAAUUUCACCAGAAGUUUUCAGCACUUGCCCACCUUCGAGUUUCUCGCCAUGUGUUACGUCCGGGUUACGACCGCUUGGAGAUUCACGGGUUCAGCGACGCUUCAGAGUCUGCAUAUGGUGCAUGCAUCUAUCUCCGGUCAAUACCUGCCGAGGGCCCUUGUACAGUUCGCUUGGUGAUUUCUAAGUCCAAGGUCGCUCCGAUGGGGACUCAAACCAUUCCACGCCUCGAGCUAUGCGCAGCUCAACUCCUGUCCAGACUUCUGAAACAAGUUCAGGACAGCAUCGACAUCACCGCAACCACAUAUCUGUGGACCGAUUCUUCCAUCGUCUUGAACUGGAUAUCCGCAACUCCAUCGACAUGGAAAACGUUCGUAGCCAACCGAGUGGCUGAAAUCCAAGAGCUGACGUCUCACGCCGUUUGGAAUCACGUCCCAUCCGAAGACAAUCCCGCUGAUCUCGUUUCUCGAGGAAUGGACCUCGAUGAACUCCUUGCCAGUGCACUGUGGUGGAACGGACCGCAGUGGCUGAAACUAAUAUUCGCUCCUUGGCCAGCGAAGUACGUCGUAGCGACCUCAAACUCAGACCAACCGGAGGUCCGACAGACUAUUGCCCUUCCGGUCGUGAGCGUAGAACCGUCAGAUAUCGUCGAUCGCUAUUCCAGUCUUCGUCAGCUACUUCGGAUCGGCACACUUCUUCGACGUUUCGCCGCUAAUUGUCUCCACCGUAAGAAUCACCAGCCUAUUCUUGUCGGCCCGUUGACGGCUCUUGACAUUGAUCGCACUCUGCUCAAUCUGGUCCGUCGCAUACAACAGCAGUACUUUGCCAACGAGAUACGCCAACUUGAAACCGUCGGAAAAGUAAACCGUAAAUCCAAGCUACGGUAUCUGCACCCGACACUCGUAGACGGCAUUAUUCGUGUCGGCGGCCGGCUUCACAAUGCAGCGAUACCUGUCGACGGAAGACACCCGAUCGUCCUCCCCAAACAUCGUCUCACCGACAUGAUCGCCACGAGAGAACACCAUAAGACGCUCCAUGCCGGUCCCAGCUUACUACUAUCCUCGUUGCGCCAAAGAUUUUGGCCCCUCGGCGGACGGAACUUGGUUCGCAACAUUGUUCACGGCUGCAUGGUAUGCGCACGUGCCAAACCCAAGCCGUUGCAGCAGCUGAUGGGGGAUCUGCCAUCUGUUCGGGUCAACCAGGCGUACCCGUUUCAGAAUGUUGGCGUUGAUUUGGCUGGGCCAAUGUACGUGAGAACGUCACUCCGAAAUAAGAGGUCGCCAUUCUUCAAAGCCUACAUCACCGUAUACGUAUGUAUGGCUACCAAAGCCGUGCACUUGGACCUUGUGUCGGAUCUGACCACUAGCACAUUCAUUGCGAGCCUGCGAAGAUUUGUCGGCCGUAGAGGAAAGCCUGCGCAUAUCUACUGCGAUAACGCCACGAACUUUGUUGGAGCACAGCGAGAACUGGAAGAACUGCGGAAGCUUUUCCGAACUCAAGUUCACCAAGAUGCCGUAGCAAACGAAUGCGCAGACAACGGAAUACAGUUCCACUUCAUCCCACCUCGCUCUCCCACAUUCGGUGGAAUCUGGGAAGCCUGCGUGAAAUCCGUGAAGACCCUGCUUCGCAAAAUCCUCGGAAAUGCCCACCUAACCGAAUCCGAGCUGCAAACCGCAUUGAUUCAGGUCGAGUCAAUGCUAAACUCUCGCCCAAUCACGCCGUUGCCGGACAAUCCAUCCGAUGAGCUUGCUCUGACUCCAGGACAUUUCCUGAUUGGUCGUCCGUUGAAUGCGGUACCUGAUCCAGAUUGCCGUGAAGUUCCUGAAUCCAGGUUGUCUCGAUGGGAACGAGUACAACAGCUAACUCAGCAUUUCUGGAGUCGUUGGCACAAGGAGUAUCUCGCCACCCUGCAAAGUCGCUACCGCUGGACAGAUGCCAUGGACAAUCUAGCCGUUGGUUCCAUCGUCGCUCUCAAAGAUGAGAGAGCACCGCCGUUGAAAUGGCCCCUGGGACGCGUGCUCAGCGUUCAUCCCGGCCCUGACGGCCCUGUUCGUGUCGCCACCGUGAAGUCGACCUUCGGCAUCGUUCAACGCGCCAUCUCGAAGCUCUGCUUACUUCCAGUUGAAGUAGCGCCACCCAUCGCCCUUGCUCAGGGAACCGAGCCGCCGGACGAGAUCCCGGCCCUUGCUCAGGGAACAGAGCCGCCGGACGAGAUCCCGGCCCUUGCUCAGGGUACAGAGCCACCGGACGAGCUCCCGGCCCCUACUCGGGGAAAUGAGUCGCCAGACGAGAUCCUGGCCCAAGCUCGGGGGUAUCGAGCGGUUCGUGGUUCACCUGUAAAGAACCAAGCCUCGCCGUUUCGCGUACAGAUGUUCCUCCUUUACAGCACACCACUCCCGGACAGUAUCCUGCAGUCGGACCCGACGCACCUCGAAUAA